UUAAACUAUGUAAUUUAGUAAUGUAAUUAUAUGGCGGGAAUUUUGGUACAGAAUAUUUAAGAAAAUGUUAAUAUUAAAUAAAUAUGAGACGUUAAUAACCCCUUCUUCUUUCACACCUUUUCCAGAUAUUCCUAAAAACUGACUAAUUGAGUGAAUAUACAGUCUCUCUUCCCCAAUACAGGCUAUUGUCCCUAAACAGGAACAGAUUUCAAACAGAAUUCCCUUCUUCCCUAUUUUUCUAUCCAUUUUUUUAUUCCAUUUCUCCCUUGCAGCUCCAUUUAUCUUUUCUUAGUGACUCAUUCUCUAUUUUUUAUUAUUCCUACCUCUUGCCACUUCUUACAAUUCCUAAUGCUUUUUAGAACUUUGUUUCCUUGUCACCUGCUCUUUCUAUUUUUGUUCUUUCUGCUUGGCUUUCUCCUCCACUUCUCACUAGUUUCUCUCCUUGCCCUCAAGAUACAGGGCAGGAUUGGGUAGGGAGGAGCCCAGCUGGGUUAAGGGUGGAGCUACCUGUUUACUGCUUGGAAUUCAGAACCUGACCAGGAAGGAUCAGGCUGCUUAAAUUUAGCUGAGGCUGAAGUCCGUAUGGCCUUCCUACUGGAGACUAGCAUUUUGGAGGACAGUUGGGAUUUGUUUUUUUCUGCAAUACAGUGGAUACAGUUUGUGAUGGCUACUCUGAGUGUUAUAGGUUCAAGCUCACUUGUUGCCUAUGCUAUAUUCCAGAACAUACAGAAAUCUCCAGAGAGAAGACCGCUGUUUUACUUGAGCUUCUCUGACCUCCUCUUGGGGAUAUACUGGCUCACUGAGGCACUUCUCUAUGGUACUUCAGCAGCCAAUAAGGACAUUGUCUGCUAUAACCUGCAAGUAGUUGGACAGGUAUUGUACAUCUCCUCAUUUUUCUACACCAUCAAUUAUAUCUGGUAUUUGUACAAAGAACUGAGGAUGAAACCUAGCCAGAGUGCACAGAGGACCUUUUCACUGGUUAUAGAUUAUACCUGCCGAAUUGGUCAAAUAGCCAUCAUUUUGUCCAGUCUGAUACCUCUACUGUUGAUGGUACCUGUAUUCUGUUUGGGCAAUGUCAGUGAAUGUUUCCGCAACUUCAGCCAGAGCCACAGGUGUAUCCUGAUGUACUCACCACCACCAGCCAUGGCUGAGCUCCUGCCUUCUGCCAACACAUCAGUCUGUAGCACACUUUAUUUUUAUGGGCUCAUCAUUUUCUUGGCCAGCUUUGUACUCAGCUUCUUCACCAUUGUGGUCUUACUCAUUCAAGCCCAGACACUUUACAAGAAGUUUCUGAAAUCGACUGGCUUUCUGGGGAGUGAACAGUGGGCAGUGAUUCAUAUCAUGGAACAGCGAGUACGUUUCUACCCAGUGGCCUUCUUUUGCUGCUGGAGCCCAGCUGUCAUUCUGAUGAUCAUAAAGCUGACAAAACUACAGGACACCAGACUUCAUAUGGCCCUCUAUGUUCUCCAGGCUCUAACAACAUCAUCUCAGGGUCUGCUCAACUGUGGAGUAUAUGGCUGGACACAGUACAAGUUCUACCAACUAAAGCAAGAGGCUCGGCGUGAUGCAGACACCCAGACACCAUUGUUAUGCUCACAGAAAAGAUUCUAUUGCAGGGGCCUAGAUCCGUUGGAGUCAACUCUUGCUUUUGCUACUAGCAGCUCUACCAUUCUUUGAAACUAUAAAACUAGAGCAUCCAGAACUGGAAUUAUUCUGCACUAAUGGUUUGGGCAGAGUGUUUGUGGUCAACAUCUUAAGUCUUUUCUAACCAUACCUUAAGCUACAGAAGUGAAAGAGAAUAUAGUACCAUGAUUGGUAGCUACUCUAGUUGAAGUGGGUGGAAUCUAUCCAUUCUUCUUAGAUUCACAGAUUAAGUCACUGUUCAAGGAGAUGAAGCUACUUUCCACC